AUGGGGUUGAGCAGUGCAUCACCGGGCUACUACACCUACUCCAGUGAAAUCCUCGCCGGAACUCCAACACCUCACAGCAGCGACUACACCGUCAACGAGAACGACUACCUGACCCCCAAUGAUGCUGCGACCAACAUGGCCUACCAGCACAUCGGCCCAAAGUUCACAAAUUCCUUCUUCUCCGAGACAUGGGUACUCAUGCGCCGGAACUUCAAAAACAUUCGGCGAACGCCGGAGCUUUUCCUCUCCAGACUAGUAGUCCUCAUCAUCAUGGGCUUCAUGAUGGCCACCAUGUUCAAAAACCCCCCAAAUGAUGCCCAAGGAAUCACAAAUCGCAUCAGUUUCUUUGUCUUCACAGUCUGUCUCUUCUUCUUCUCCUCUAAUGAUGCCGUCCCAGCAUUCAUUCAAGAGCGUUUGAUCUUUAUCCGCGAGACGUCCCACAACGCAUACAGAGCCUCAUCGUACACCAUAGCCGGAUUAAUCACUUACCUUCCUUUUCUUGCUCUUCAGGCUUUAGUUUACGCCCUUCUCGUCUGGUACGCCUUAAAGCUUCGUGGACCCUUCAUUUAUUUCUUGAUUGUUCUCUAUGUCUCUCUCAUCUCCACCAACUCUUUCGUGGUGUUUGUAAGCUCAGUGGUGCCAAAUUAUAUCUUAGGUUAUGCAGCAGUAAUUGCUUUCACUGCUCUCUUCUUCUUGUUUUGUGGGUACUUUCUGCACAGUAAUGAUAUUCCUCCAUAUUGGAAGUGGAUGAACACUAUCUCGACCAUGACAUACCCAUAUGAAGGGCUUUUGAUGAACCAAUAUCAGACCACGAGUCCUUUUGAUAAGUAUCAUAACGUGUCUGGGUUUCAGAUCUUGAAGGCGCUGAAUAUUAAUACUGAGGAAGCUAAGAAGUGGGAGAAGGUUUACAUAAUGUUGGGUUGGGCUGUUCUAUAUAGAAUUUUGUUCUACGUUGUUCUCCGUUUCUUUUCCAAGAACCAGAGGAAAUAG